AUGGUUCAGAAAAAUUGUCGAACCUUAUCUUUGUCUGGUCAUGUUGGUUUUGAUAGUUUGCCAGAUCAAUUGGUUAACAAAUCAGUCCAUCAGGGUUUCUGCUUCAAUAUUCUCUGUAUUGGUGAGACAGGACUUGGAAAAUCAACCUUGAUUGAAAGUUUAUUUAAUACGAGUUUUGAUGACCGCAUGUCAACACACUUCCAGCCAAAUGUAAGACUUAAAGCUCAGACAUACGAGCUUCAGGAAAGCAAUGUUCAUUUGAAGUUGACCAUUAUAAGUACAGUUGGAUUUGGUGACCAGAUAAACAAAGAUGAUAGCUAUCAGCCAAUAGUGAAUUAUAUAGAUGCACAGUUUGAAGCCUAUCUCCAGGAAGAGCUGAAAAUUAAACGCUCCUUAUAUAAUUACCAUGACACUCGCAUCCAUGUGUGCCUUUACUGCAUUACUCCCACAGGGCAUUCACUUAAAACUCUGGAUUUAUUAACCAUGAAAAAUCUUGAUAGCAAGGUGAAUAUCAUUCCAGUUAUAGCCAGAGCAGAUACGCUUUCUAAAUCCGAACUGCAGAAGUUUAAGAUCAAAAUAAUGAGUGAGCUGGUCAGUAAUGGAGUCCAGAUAUAUCAGUUUCCAACAGAUGAUGAGGGCAUUGCUAAGAUCAAUGCCACCAUGAAUGGACAUUUGCCAUUUGCUGUAGUGGGGAGUACAGAAGAUAUAAAAGUCGGAAACAAAACAGUAAAAGCUCGCCAGUAUCCUUGGGGCAUUGUGCAAGUGGAAAAUGAAAAUCACUGUGAUUUUGUGAAGCUCCGUGAGAUGCUGAUUUGUACAAACAUGGAAGAUCUGAGAGAACAGACUCACAUGCGCCAUUAUGAGCUAUACCGGCGCUGCAAAUUGGAGGAGAUGGGUUUCAGAGACACAGGUCCAGAAAACCAGCCUGUAAGUCUACAGGAAACUUAUGAAGCUAAGCGGCAUGAAUGUAUUGAGGAACUGCAACAAAAAGAAGAGGAGAUGAGGCAAAAGAUGGUGCAGAGGGUCAAGGAAAAAGAAGCAUUGCUGAAAGAAGCUGAACGAGAACUGCAAGUGAAGUUUGAACAUCUGAAACGACUUCACCAGGAAGAGAGGAUGAGAGUGGAAGAGAAAAGAAAGCUUCUGGAAGAGGAAAUUAUGGCAUUCAAUAGAAGAAAAGCUGCCUUAGACGUACACCAAGGGCAGGCUCUUGUCCCUACACCCACUCUUGCUUUAAAAAAAGAUCGCAAGAAGUAAGUAGUCGUUCCCAUAUAUUUUAGAAUUUAAUCAUUAAAAACCCUUUACAAUUCAGACAAACCUUUUAGGCAAUAUUAACAUAUGAGCUAUUUGUGAGGCAAGUUUGAUUGACAGUUAUUCUAUUUUGAAUUGUUUGAGAUAAUCUUGUUAUUUUCAAGUCCUUUUUAUGAGAGUUCUCUUGAUUUUUUCCCCCAAGGAAUGAACAUUUUCAGCUUGCGCUACUGUGUUUUGAUGUGGAAGAUAAGGAAGUUGUGAAUGCACAGGAAGCAAGACAGAAAGAGAAGUUAGAAAGGGAAAGACUCGCUCAUAAAUAGUAUUUGGAAGCAAUAUACAAAUAUUACAUGUUUAGGCUCUGGCUUUAUGUGAAGCUGAAGUUACAAGAAGAAAUUGUUCACAGUGAUCUGUGAGAAUUUGGAUUUUCCCCUUUGUUUAUAAUACAAGCUAACUUGAAAACUGAUCACUGCUUAACAAAGGAAAAGUAUAUUAAACUGUGUAAUCAAUAAUGCAUAUUGUAGGUUGAUGUUGCAUUAAUUAUAUUUAAAUGGACAUUUUUAAAGCAGCUAUUGAUAUGCACUUAAGACUUUAUUUCUCCUGGCCAAGUCACAUGCACUCCAAGUGCAGUGCCAGAGAUUGUUGUGCCAUUAAGCAGUUUUCAUUCCUCUUAUGAAUGCUGUAGUACAGAAGUAUUUAGUGAACAUAUAUUGUAACGGGUUUGAAGAACAUUUUUGGGAUAUGUUUACUGUACACCAUUUAAUGUUACUUUUGAAGCAUUUACUGAAUUGUAUGAAAUAUGGUAAACCUGUUUAAUAACAACUUAUUUUUGACAGUACUUUUAUAAAUGCACUUUCAUGUUUUGUGAUAAUGUUAAGCUUUCAAAUUAAAAUGGAUUAUAUUCAUGGUUA